CUCCCGUCGAAGUUUGUACUCAUGACCUAUUAUCAAACAAAAUUAUCGGAAAAACACGUGGUCGACGCCCAUGAGUAGACGAGAUUUAUCCAUUUAUCCUAUCGGACGGAGGACGGACCUCGUACGACAUCCCUUGAACUCUUCUCGCAGGACGUCCUUUAAACAUGUCAGUCGACUCUGAAGGUCUGCGACUCCGCCGCACCAAAAGUGUGACCCGGGCUGAAGAAAUUCAAACCCAGGAGGCCAGAGCUCGCCGUGCACAGCCUGACAAACCAUGUCACAAGCCUCGGGAUUCCCUGUUUUCAUGGUCUUCUGGAUUCACAAAUUUCACAGGACUCGUCAACUGGGCCUUCCUGCUUCUUUCGAUGGGAGGCCUUAGGCUUCUACUGGAAAAUUUAAUAAAAUAUGGAAUUCGAGUGGAUCCUGAACAGUGGCUGAUUGUUCUCACAGGAAGCGAUGAAGGAGGACCUGAACAUGCUUCUUUGUAUCUUUUAGCCUAUUCAAUUGUGCCAAUCAUCUUUGCCCUCUUCAUUGAGAAAGGUUUGGCUGAGGGCAUACUCCAUGCUAAGGUUGGGAUGCCGUCUCACAUUGUUAAUCUCAGCAUCCUAGUGAUGUUACCAAUGAUUAUUAUUUACAUCAAAUCAGCAGAGUUUAGUUUAAUGGGGGCUUCGACUGUGACAUUUUUGUAUUCUGUCCUUUUUUUAAAAUUAUGGUCUUACGUGCAAGUGAAUUUAUGGUGCAGACAUGCAAGGCCUUUGUCAAAUUCGAGUCACAUUAGAAGGCAAAGCAUAACUCUUGCGACGUUAGCUCUAGGUACAGAUGGUGACAAAGUAGGUAAUAAUAAUGUACCAAAAGAAAAUGAAAAUAUUGUUAAGUACCCUGACAAUUUGACCCUCAAGGAUCUGUUGUAUUUCAUUUUUGCACCUACGCUCUGUUAUGAGCUUAAUUUUCCUAAAACAGAUCGAAUAAGAAAAAGAUUUCUUUUGAAAAGACUUUUAGAAGUAGUCAUACUUCUUCAAUUGAUUUUAUGCCUAUUCCAACAGUGGAUUAUCCCAAGUGUAAAGAAUUCGCUUAUCCCAUUUUCCAAUAUGGAUGUUGUGAAGGCAACUGAAAGACUUCUUAAGUUAGCUAUUCCUAAUCAUUUGGUGUGGCUUACUUUUUUUUAUCUUUCGUUCCAUUCUUUUCUAAACUUGAUGGGCGAAUUGCUUCACUUUGCCGACAGAAACUUUUAUUGUGACUGGUGGAAUUCAAACAACAUAGAUGUUUUCUGGAGGUCUUGGAAUAUGCCUGUGCACAGAUGGGCUGUGAGGCAUUUAUAUGUUCCACUGGUGGAACAAGGUUAUAGCAAAACAUUGGCAAGCACUGCAGUUUUCUUCAUUAGCGCGUUCUUUCAUGAAUAUCUUGUCAGUGUACCACUGAGGACUUUCAAGAUAUGGGCUUUUACGGGGAUGAUGGGUCAAAUUCCACUAUCGAUGUUUUGCCAUUGGGUUGAAAAGAAUUUUGGCUGCCGGUGGAGUAAUAUGAUAGUUUGGGCGUCCUUGAUACUCGGCCAACCGCUGUGCAUUAUGAUGUACUAUCACGACUACGUUAUUACACAUUUUGGAGAAUCGCUUAUAGAUCGCUACGCUGAAGUUUGAUGCCAAAGUCUCUUCCUUGGAAUCCAUCACCGUUUGGCACUUCACCAAAUAUUUCCAUUGUAUUUAUACAAACUGCAGUCUUAAUUAGUACUUUUCUAAAAUUUUAUUUAUAUGUAUAAAGUUUCAAUUUAAAAAAGCCCUUGCAGUAUCGAACUUAAUAUUGUACAAUACCAAUGUUGUGAUAUUUAGUUUAAUUAAAACAUACCGGUAAUUUAGUGUACUACUAGUAAUUAAAUUAAUUGCUCACUAUAGUUUUGUUAUUUAUGUAUUUAAGUAAUACUAAUUGUACACCUAAUUUGAUAAUAAUUUUUAUAGAUUUAUAGUUUUGAGUGUUAAAUAUUAAAUGUAUACAUCACAAAAGAUUUUCUAUAUCAUCGGUGUAACUGUUUGAUUAAUUGAUUAGUUUUUAAGGUGUUGUACUUAUUGAUCAGUGUUCAUUUUAAAUCGUGUUGAUUUAUCCAUGUGCCCAUCAUU